CCACAUAAAAACUGCUGGACCAUGACGUCACCUUUAUUGUUAAGACUGAUCACUUACAUUCUAACAAGUAGAAAACAUUCACACCUAUUAAAUUAUUAUUUUACACGUGUCCUGGUUUCUACGCUAUGGCACAAAUGUAUGAAAAUUCUCAUCUACACAAAAUGUACAUCAUGGAAUAGUUCUCAUCUUCAGAUAAUGUCCAUCAUGGAAUAGUUCUCAUCUUCACAUAAUGUCCAUCAUGGAAUAGUUCUCAUCUUCAUAUAAUGUACAUCAUGGAAUAGUUCUCAUUUCACAUAAUGUACAUCAUGGAAUAGUUCUCAUUUCACAUAAUGUAAAUCAUGGAAUAGUUCUCAUCUUCACAUAAUGUCCAUCAUGGAAUAGUUCUCAUCUACACAAAAUGUACAUCAUGGAAUAGUUCUCAUCUUCACAUAAUGUCCAUCAUGGAAUAGUUCUCAUCUUCACAUAAUGUCCAUCAUGGAAUAGUUCUCAUCUUCACAUAAUGUACAUCAUGGAAUAGUUCUCAUCUUCACAUAAUGUACAUCAUGGAAUAGUUCUCAUCUUCACAUAAUGUCCAUCACGGAAUAGUUCUCAUUUCACGUAAUGUACAUCACGGAAUAGUUCUCAUUUCACAUAAUGUACAUCAUGGAAUAGUUCUCAUUUCACAUAAUGUACAUCAUGGAAUAGUUCUCAUCUUCACAUAAUGUCCAUCAUGGAAUAGUUCUCAUCUUCACAUAAUGUACAUCAUGGAAUAGUUCUCAUUUCACAUAAUGUACAUCAUGGAAUAGUUCUCAUCACAUAAUGUCCAUUAUGGAAUAGUUCUCAUCUUCACAUAAUGUACAUCAUGGAAUAGUUCUCAUCUUCACAUAAUGUACAUCAUGGAAUAGUUCUCAUCUUCACAUAAUGUACAUCAUGGAAUAGUUCUCAUCUUCACAAAAUCAUCCAAAACUCAUUUAAACUUCUGACAGUUUCUUCAAUACAGGCAGGUCUAGAAAAGUUCAGUCCAGUUGGAAGUGAUGAUGGGACAUCCUCAUGAACACGUCAGCAAGCCCAGUCUGUCAAAUGCAUGCAGCGAAUACACACACACACACACACACACACACUACUCUGCUCCCUUAAUAAAUGUUCCUGUCCUCCAUGUGUGAGAUGAAGUCGGGCUCCAUGACACCAGCUGUCAUCUUCCCCAUGGGCAGAGACUUUCCAGUCUCCACCCACCACAGUAGGUUUGACCAUUGCUGCAGCAGCAGCACAUAUACGUGUUGGUAACAAGACUGAGACGUGAUGCUGAUGUGUGACUGACAACCAGUGGUCCAUGUGGUGUCAAGUUAAGUCAAGUCCAUUUUAUUUGUACAGCCCAAAAUUCCAAAUUUGCCUCAGGGGCUUUACAGCAACACAACAUCCUGUCAUUAGACCUUCACAUCAGAUAAGGAACAACUCCCUAAAAACCUUUAACAGCAAGAAAAAACAGGAUGAAACCCACAAUGCCGUUCUACUGGAUGCUGACAGUCCAACACAACCAACACGUCACCGCCACUCUUCACAUGGAUCACAUAGCUGGAAAAGUCGCGAACUGCACCUUUAACAAAGUGUAUUAGACACAGCAGGACAAUGUGUGCACACCUGACAUCUCCAUCCCAAUGUCCCGUCAGACGCCUGACAUCUCCAUGCCAACGAGUCAUCAGACACGUGACAUCUCCAUGCCAACAUGUCGUCAGAAGCUUGACGUCUCCAUCCUAACGUGGCGUCAGACAGGUGACAUCUCCAUGCCAACGUGCCGUCAGAAGCCUGACAUCUCCAUCCCAACGUGCUGUCAGAUGCCACGGCCACUCGCUGGAUUCUGAUUGGUUGGUCAGUCCAGAACUGCUUCAAUCUGUUUGAAAGGCUGCUGGUUUGAAAACAAGUUUGAAACCAGUUUGAUACUGGUUUGAUUCUGGAGAAUUCUUCAUUAAGAUGCUUAGCGACUCUAAAAUGGUUUGGAAUGAUGACUGAAUAAAUUAAAAAAGGAAAAAUGGAUUCAGCAAGAUGAACAAGUUGAACAAGAACAAGAUGAACAAGAACAAGAUGAACAAGUUGAACAAGAUGAUCAAGACCAAGAUGAACAAGAACAAGAUGAACAAGAACAGGACGAACAAGAACAAGACGAACAAGAACAAAAACAAGAACAAAAACAAGAUGAACAAGAACAAGAUGAACAAGAACAAGACGAACAAGAACAAAAACAAGAUGAACAAGAACAAGAACGAGAUGAACAAGAUGAUUAAGACCAAGAUGAACAAGAACAAGAUGAACAAGAAGAAGAGCAAGAUGAACAAGAUGAUCAAGACCAAGUUGAACAAGAACAAGAUGAACAAGAACAAGACCAAAAUGAACAAGAACAAGAUGAACAAGAACAAGAUGAACAAGUUGAACAAGAACAAGACGAACAAGAACAAGACAAACAAGAACAAGACGAACAAGAACAAAAACAAGAUGAACAAGAACAAGAUGAACAAGAACAAGACGAACAAGAACAAAAACAAGAUGAACAAGAACAAGAUGAACAAGAAGAAGAGCAAGAUGAACAAGAACAAGAUGAACAAGAUGAUCCAGACCAAGAUGAACAAGAACAAGAUGAACAAGAAGAAGAGCAAGAUGAACAAGAACAAGAUGAACAAGAUGAUCAAGACCAAGAUGAACAAGAACAAGAUGAACAAGAAGAAGAGCAAGAUGAACAAGAACAAAAACAAGAUGAACAAGAAGAAGAGCAAGAUGAACAAUAACAAGAUGAACAAGAUGAUCAAGACCAAGAUGAACAAGUACAAGAUGAACAAGAACAAGAUGAACAAGAACAAGACGAACAAGAACAAGAGCAAGAUGAACAAGAACAAGAUGAACAAGAACAAGACGAACAAGAACAAGACGAACAAGAACAAGAACGAGAUGAACAAGAACAAGAUGAACAAGAACAAGAACAAGAUGAACAAGAACAAGAACAAGAACAAGAACAAGAUGAACAAGAACAAGAACAAGAUAAACAAGAACAAGAUGAAGCUGCUGUUCUGCUGCUUCCCUCUCACUACUUAACAUGUCUGUACUGCUGGGCAGCACAUGGACACUACUGCAGCUCUUCAUAUUAAGAGUUAGCGUGCAUACACACACACACACACACACACAC